CACGUGACUAGGCUUGUCGGAGGCGCGCCGAGCUGCGCUGCGUUGAGCUGCGCGCGCGGAGUCCAGCUGGGUGGCUGACUGACUGCAACGGCUCUCCACUUGCACCGCCACUCGCUGCAAGCCUGCUUGGAGAUUUUUUUGGGGGGGAUUUCUUUUUUUAAUAUUUAAAUCGGAGAUGACCCCGUCGCAGCCAACCAGAUAACAGGAUCACUACACCGUGGGAGCGGAUGGACGCGUUGUAAGCGAAACGAUCGGAACUUGUGUUGAUCUUGUCGCUCUUUCGCACGUGAAGGGAGAAACGCACAGUCCGAGGACCGAUAAGACCUCCGCUUGUCCUGCGUCCCUCUUUAAAAUGAGUGCCAAGUCUGCCAUCAACAAAGAGAUUUUCGCUCCUUUCGAUGAGAAGAUGCUGGGUGCUGUGCAGGUGAAGAGGAGGACCAAGAAGAAGAUCCCAUUCUUAGCCACCGGUGGACAGGGCGAUUACAUGACCUUCAUCUGUCUGUCAGUCACCAAUAAGAAGCCAGCGCAGGUCUCCAUCACCAAGGUCAAACAGUUCGAAGGCUCCUCGUCGUUUGUGCGGAGGUCGCAGUGGACGAUUGACCAGCUCCGGCGAGUCAACGGCAUCGAAGCCAACCGAGACUGCGCGGAGUUCGACUUGGAGUUCGACAACGCCUUUGACCAGUGGGUGGCCGGCUCGGCCACCGAGAAGGGGGUCUUCUUCCAGAUCCUUCACCACACCUGCCAGCGGUACAUUGCCGACCGGAAGCCGGAGUUCCUCAACUGCCAGUCCAAGCUGCUCGGAGGCAACAGCAUCUUCAAUUCAGCAGCAGACAGCGUCACCAGCGCCGUACAGAAGGCGAGCCAGGCCCUAAAUGAACGCGGGGAACGGUUAGGCAGAGCGGAGGAGAAGACGGGCGAGAUGAUGAACAGCGCCCAGCAGUUCGCCGAGACGGCACACAAGCUCGCCAUGAAGCACAAAUGUUGAGGCCGUGCCAGCUGUUUGGGGACCCUCCAGGAUGGACGCCCAGGCCUUUCGGGCCCACUCACUUCCAGACACCUCUCUUUUUUUUAACUUUGAUCCACAGCAGUGAAUAAUUGGAGCUUGUGUAGGACGUGGCGUGGCGUCCGCGUGGUCCAGAGCAGACGCUCCGAGCGCAGCCUCGUCAUUUUCGUUUCCCACCCGCAGCCUCUCUGGUUUGUGUGUCGUUUUUUUUAAAUUAUUUAUUUCCCAUGAAAUGCGAGCCGCGUGAUUUGGGGCUCGUGUCCGCGCCGCUCGAUUCUCCAGCUGUACUCUGUGAUUUCUCGCAUUUGCUCGAUGUUAAUAAAGUCAUGCACCUGGGC